AUGGCGAAUCGAAGUCAGCCCUCCGAGUUCAUCCUGGUGGGCUUCUCCUCGUUGGGUGGGCUGCAGACCCUGCUGUAUGGACCCUUCCUGGUGCUCUACCUUCUGGCCUUCGUGGGAAACACCAUCAUCAUCGCCAUGGUUGUGGCUGACAGCCACCUGCACACCCCCAUGUACUUCUUCUUGGGCAACUUCUCCCUGCUGGAGAUCCUGGUGACCAUGACGGCGGUGCCCAGGAUGCUCUCAGACCUGCUGAGCCUCCGCAAGGCCAUCUCCUUCGCGGGCUGCAUGGCCCAGUUCUACUUCUACUUCUCGCUGGGCUCCACUUCCUUCCUCAUCCUGGCCGACAUGGCCCUGGACCGCUUUGUGGCCAUCUGCCACCCGCUGCGCUAUGGCACACUGAUGAGUGGGGCGGUCUGUGGCCGGCUGGCGGGGGCAGCCUGGGCAGCCCCCUUCCUAGCCAUGGUGCCCACUGCCCUCUCCCGGGCUCAGCUCAACUACUGCCGAGGUAAUGCCAUCAACCACUUCUUCUGUGACAACGGCCCCCUGCUGCGGCUGGCCUGCUCAGACACCAGGCUGCUGGAAUUCUGGGACUUCCUGAUGGCGCUGGCCUUUGUCCUCAGCUCCUUCCUGGUGACUCUCAUCUCCUACGGCUACAUCGUGAGCACGGUGCUGCGCAUGCCCUCUGCCAGCGGCCGCCAGAAGGCCUUCUCCACAUGCGGCUCCCACCUCACCCUGGUUUUCAUCGGCUACAGCAGCACCAUCUUCCUGUAUGUGCGGACGGGCAAGGCCCAGGUGGUGGACGUCAACAAGGUGGUUGCCCUGGUGACCUCCAUCCUGACCCCCUGCCUCAACCCCUUCAUCCUUACCUUCCGCAAUGAGACAGUCAAGGCCGUGGUGCGGGGACAGCUGCAGAGGCUGAAGGGCCUCCACAAGGCGGCCUGA